AUGAGAAGCCAGAAAACAGAAGAAGAAAGGAUUGAAAAAAUAAUUCGAAGUCUUCUAAAACUUCCCGAAAAUAAAAGAUGCAUCAACUGCAAUCUUUUGGGACCACAAUAUGUGUGCACAACUUUCUCCACAUUUGUCUGCACAAAUUGCAGUGGGAUACAUCGAGAGUUUACUCACAGAGUAAAAUCUGUCUCGAUGGCUAAAUUUAGUCCAGAAGAAGUCUCUGCUCUUCAAGCUGGUGGAAAUGAGAGAGCAAAUCAGAUUUUUCUCAAAGAAUGGGAUCCUCUUCGCAAUUCUAAACCAGAUUCUAGUAAUAUACAGAAACUGCGAGAAUUCAUCAAGUUUGUGUAUGUGGAAAGAAAAUACACUGGAGAAAGUAGCACUAGCACUCUUUCUAGGAUUAGAUUGAGUGAGAAGGAGCCUAAGAGAAGUGGUUCAUUUCGUUUAGAGUUCAGAACUCCACAUUCAAGUCCUGGUCCUACUCCAAGAAGUGAUGACAAGAAUUUGAGAUAUUUGUACGAUGAAAGCAGAAGCCCUAGAUAUGCUCAAAGGUAUUCAAGAAAUGGUGGCCAGAUCAGAAGUCCUAUACAAAUUGAAGUUGUUGAUGACAGGUACAAAGAUGAUGAACGUAGAAAUAGAAGACUUGCAAAUAUAGAAGCAAAGAUGAAGAAAAAUUCAAGUGAUGAUCUCAAGAAAGUUGAAAACCCCCAACUCCCUGUUAUUGCAGCGCCUUUGGGUGAUGUAUCAAAGGAGAAAGCUCAACCCCUACAAAUCAAACCUCCUGGUGGCAAGGUUUCUGUUGAGAAAAAACCAUCUGAGCAAAAAAAUAAUAAUCCAGAAACACCACCACCACCUAUAGCACAACCAAAUGAAAAUAACUGGGCCAUAUUUGAAGCUUCAACAGAGGACAAUGUUCCUAAAACUCCACCAAACACAAGAACCUCUUAUCCUUCUACAGAAAAGGCACCAUCAACAAAAAAUCCUAUAGACCUUUUACUUUCUGAAUUGUCAGGUCCUGUGACUCCAAUGAAUGGUGGCAUGCCACAAGUUCCAAGUAGUGUUAAUAAUGAUCCAACAACUACAACAGUACAAAAUGCUAUUACUUGGGACUUUCCACCUACUUCAGCAGGGAAAACAACUGCAUCAUCCAACAAUACUAGUGUUUGGCCAUGCACAUCAACCCCAGCCACUGAACCAGCACAACCUUCUAAUGAAGCUCCUCCACAUACUGAAGUUUGUCAUGCUCAUAAUCCAUCAAGUGUGCAGUAUCUUCCAUCUGUAUCGGUAGGUUUUAGUUCAACUACACAACCAUCAAAUUCAUCAGUCAUAGAUGUAGCUUCAAAUAAUAAGCCAUCAGUAACUCCAAGUGAAAAAGAUCCUUCCUGGUCUUUUACUGAACAACCUUCUCAAACUACCUCAAAUCCCACUCAAGAAACCAAAUCUGAUCCUAGUAAAGUGGAAAAUAAGGCUAGUGGAAGACAUGAAAUUCCAGAGAACCUUUUUACACCAAGCUAUUUAUCUGGGCAAGCACCCCUUCCAAAUUGGCAAAAUGUUCAACCUUCUGGCAUGGGAUAUGGCAUGCAAUAUUAUCAUAAUGCUGUGCCUCCCUCAGCGAUUUCAAAUUCACCAAUGUCUAUGAACCCCUUUGAUUUAACUGAUUCAAGAAAUUUAACCCAUGUCUCAUCGCUUCCUUCUAUCACUUCUGUGCGUGGUGCACCACAAGCUCUAUCAUCUCCUAGAACAGCAUUGAUGCAUACUGCAAGCAUGGGGUCUUUGGUGUCUCAGUCUCCAAGUUAUACAUCCCCAGUUAUGGGUGUGUACUUUGAUCAAGUUGAUAAUCAACAGAAACCUCCUAGACCUCAAAGAGCUGAGAGCUUCAAUGGUGAUAUAACUUCUUUUGGAUCUGUAGACCCACUUCAACAUUCAAAUAGAACAUUUACGACCUGCAAAAGUUCAAUUUCUCUUUCCAAUGCAAGAGGAAACCCAUUUGACUAGUUUGAACAAUUUGCCACACUGCCAAAACCUUUUGCCUUAUGUCAACCAUAAAAAUUGCAGAAGGAUUAUGAUCUUGUCAUUCUUGUGCCAACUUCACUCAGUUUCCUUUGUAAAUUGUACUGUAAAUAUAAAAGCACACAUAUUCCCAAGUGGAUGCAGAAAACUUUACGCAUCAGAGGGCUGCUAAUUAACUGA